CCGACAUUUUGAUAUUGCUGUCAUGAAGAUUUUUCAGUGACAUAAAUUUUAUCUUUGUAGUUCUUCAUGCACGGUUUUAUGUUCCAAGAACGUUUUAUUUUUUAACUGCAUAUACGGUGUUUAGUGUAAGGUAUUUUUGUUAUUUAAAAUGGCAGCUGAUCGUGAGAUUGCUGCAGAAGACAGCAUUCGAGUCGUAUGCCGAUUUCGGCCACUCAAUGACUCUGAAGAAAAAGCUGGUUCCAAAUUUAUUGUGAAAUUUCCUUCAGGACCUGAUGACAAUUGCAUUUCGAUAGGGGGUAAAGUAUACUUAUUUGACAAAGUAUUCAAACCAAACGCAACCCAAGAGAAAGUAUACAAUGAAGCCGCCAAAAGCAUUGUGUCAGAUGUACUGGCAGGUUACAACGGCACUAUAUUUGCCUAUGGUCAGACUAGUUCCGGUAAAACACAUACAAUGGAAGGUGUCAUAGGAGAUCCAGGGAAACAGGGUAUCAUACCACGAAUAGUCAAUGAUAUUUUCAAUCAUAUCUAUGCAAUGGAAGAAAACCUUGAGUUUCACAUUAAGGUUUCAUAUUUUGAAAUAUACAUGGAUAAAAUCAGGGACUUGUUGGAUGUAUCAAAGGUGAACCUCAGUGUUCAUGAAGAUAAAAACAGAGUCCCAUUCGUAAAAGGUGCUACUGAAAGGUUUGUGUCAAGUCCAGAAGAGGUGUUUGAAGUUAUUGAGGAAGGAAAAUCAAAUCGGCACAUUGCUGUUACAAACAUGAAUGAACAUUCAUCAAGAUCUCAUUCAGUUUUCCUCAUAAAUGUGAAGCAAGAAAACUUAGAAAAUCAAAAGAAACUCUCUGGAAAGUUAUAUCUUGUGGACUUGGCUGGUUCUGAAAAGGUAUCUAAAACUGGUGCUGAAGGUACUGUGCUUGAUGAAGCGAAAAACAUCAACAAAUCACUUUCGGCCUUGGGUAAUGUCAUUUCGGCGUUAGCAGACGGUAACAAAUCGCACAUCCCAUACAGAGACUCGAAACUGACACGUAUUUUACAAGAGUCAUUGGGUGGUAACGCAAGAACAACCAUUGUUAUUUGCUGCUCUCCUGCCUCAUUCAACGAAAGCGAAACUAAAAGUACUCUGGACUUUGGUAAAAGGGCUAAAACUGUCAAGAAUGUUGUGUGUGUCAAUGAGGAACUCACUGCAGAAGAAUGGAAAAGGCGUUAUGAGAGAGAAAAGGAGAAAGUGGCUAGGCUCAAAGGAAAGGUUGAGAAACUGGAGGCUGAACUUAGUCGCUGGCGGUCGGGCGAAACGGUGCGACCAGAGGAACAAGUCAACUUGCAAGAAAUUGAAGCUGUCACUCCAGUCACAUCAUUCAUUGAAGAGAAGCCCCCAGUGCCGCCGGUACCGGUGGCGGUGUCGAGCGCUGUGGAGGACGCGGCGAUGCAAGGCAAGCUGGAAGCGCUGUACCAACAGCUGGACGACAAGGACGAGGAGAUCAAUCAGCACUCGCAGCUCAUCGAGAAGCUCAAGGAGCAGAUGAUGGAGCAGGAGGAGCUCAUCGCCUGCACCAGGCGGGACUACGAGGCGCUGCAGGGCGACAUGAACCGCAUCCAGCAGGAGAACGAGGCCGCCAAGGAGGAGGUGAAGGAGGUGCUCCAAGCGCUGGAGGAGCUGGCCGUCAACUACGACCAGAAGUCGCAGGAGGUGGACAGCAAGAGCCGCGAGUGCGACCAGCUCUCCGAGGAGUUGCAGACCAAACAGAGCGCAUUGACAAGUGCGACUUCCGAGCUGCAACAACUGCGCGACCUAUCAGCUCACCAGCGCAAGCGCAUUGCGGAACUACUCACGAAUCUCCUGCGAGACCUGGCCGAGAUCGGCGCCGCCGUCGGAGGCUCCGAGCUGGACUUCAAACUGAACGUAGACACAGUUGGAAAGUUGGAGGAAGAGUUCACCGUCGCUCGUCUGCACAUCAGCAAAAUGAAGAGCGAAGUCAAGAACAUCGUGCAACGCUGCCAUUCUCUGGAGUCUGCCAAUAUUGAUGCCAACCAGAAGAUCGAAGAGUACGAGCGCUCGCUGGGCGAGUGCCGGCUGCUGAUCUCGCAGCACGAGGCGCGCUGCGCGUCGCUGGCCGAGUCCAUGCGCGAGGCCGAGAACAAGAAGCGCCAGCUCGAGGAGGCGGCCGACGCGCUGCGCGAGGAGUGCGCGCGUCUGCAGGCCGCGGAGCGCGUGCAACUCGCGGCGGCGGAACAGCGCGCCGACUCGCAGCUGCGCGGCGCGCUCGAGGCGCAGCUGGAGCAGCUCCGCUCGGCGCACGCCACGCAGCUGGCCGCGCUGCGCGACGAGCUCGCCGCCAACCAGCGCCAGCACCAGGAGCUCAAGGACACCUACCAAGAACUGACCCUGGCGCGCCAGCAGCUGCAGGACGACUACGAGAAGCUGAAGCGCGAGGAGGCCGACAAAUCCGCCAAGCUCAAGGAGCUCAUUCAAAGCGUGGAGCGACGAGAGCAAGCCCGCGCCGACCUCAAGGGCUUGGAAGACACGGUCGCCAAGGAGCUCCAGACUCUGCACAACCUACGCAAACUCUUCGUACAAGACCUGCAGGCCAGAAUAAAGAAGUCUACCAACUCGGAGGAGGGCGCCGAGGAAGAAGGCGGCUCGCUCGCCCAGAAGCAGAAGAUCUCGUUCCUGGAGAACAACCUGGAGCAGCUGACGAAGGUUCACAAGCAGCUGGUGCGCGACAACGCCGACCUGCGCUGCGAGCUGCCCAAGCUCGAGAAGCGACUGCGUGCCACCAUGGAACGCGUCAAGGCGCUCGAGACCGCGCUCAAGGAAGCUAAAGAGGGAGCAAUGCGUGACCGCAAGAGGUACCAAUUUGAAGUGGACAGAAUCAAGGAGGCAGUCCGCGCUAAGAAUCUCGCCCGAAGAGGCCCACAGGCGCAAAUCGCCAAGCCGAUCCGCGCCGGCGGCGGGCACCUGGUGGGCGGCGCGCCGGGCGUGGUGCGGCCGCAGCCCGCGCAGGACAUCAAGCGGAAGUCCAUCAUCGUGGGCGCCAGGGAUGAGAGUUGAAGAGGUGGCUGUUACAUAAUAGUGAAUUUAAAUGAAACAUCCUAGAUGUACCUAACACGUGAAGCGGAAAAGUCACAUAAAUAUUGUACCCUUAUUAUACUAUGUGUUUAUGAAAGCCUAAUUAUAAGCUCUAUCACAGAAAAAAAAUACUAAAAAUAUCGUAGAAGUCUCGUAUAUGCUUAUUUUUUUGAGCUAUCUAAUCUUACAAUCGAUAAGUGCACAUGGAUUUAGAACUUAAUAGCUUUUCGCUAAUUAAUAGGUCAGGUUUCAUAUAAAUUCGUUAAUGAUUAUAUUAUGAUUAGAUACCCGUGCAAAAGUAUUAUGAAAUGUGAGCAGACCCGAAGCUUCGUUGGUCUUUGAUGUUGCUAUUUUUAAUAAAUCAGAUAAACUAUAUAUUUUUAUGAAAUGACUAAGUAUAACAUUUAGUUAUUCAAUUAAAUGCCAGACGCAUUGUUUUCUAAAUGAAAUGACCCUAAAAUUAAGUGUUUUAGUCUUAUGGGAAGAAAUGUGACGUAACAAGGUAUAUCGAAUGUUCAGUACAAAGAAAUACCGAGCCAGUUACCAAUUUCCGUAUGAAAAACAUCAAAAUAUGAACGUCAACAUUCCUUCCCGGUGGAAUAAAGCAACGGUUUCAAAGAUGCAAUAUGUUUUUAUCGUUAAGAAUAAGCUGUGAAUCGUUUGCAGACUUGCAUAUGCUACCGCACAAAUAAAAUCAAAAAUAUAAAAAAAAUACAAAAAAAAUGUGUAUCUACGGCCGUACAUGUCUAAUAUUCCGCGUGUGGUGGCAAAUGCAUAAGAGUGCGCAUCAUCGUAAAUGUGUAGAUGUGUAGUUUAAGCUUCUUUAAUAUAUAUUUUUAUAUAUUGUGAUAAGCGAUGUUAUGCCGAUAUGUCAGCAUUUAUAUAGAUAACACGACACUAAGUACUCGUUAUAUGUACACGGACAAGGAGUCAUGAGUGAUAACGACAGGCAGAGCGCGCCCGCCGGCCGGCGCCAGUGGCUGGGCGACUUGCUGCACAGCAAGUUCCCUGCCAGCAGCCACGCUCGCGCGCCAGGCGGGCUCCCGACAACAUUAGUGGGCGAUUUUUGUAUUCGCCAGCAGAAUACGAAAAUCUCUUCCAACUAAAACAUUUUGCUCUGGUAACUUAACACGUUGAUACGAUUCAACAACAGACGAUUUAGAAAAAAACGUAGUAACACUUUCCGAUAUUAAAAAAAUACAGUUUUGCGUAGGUUAUCAUUCAUAUCGCCUUUCGCGCUUGGACCUCAUGAUUACGCGUUUCCUUCACGAUGCUUCUUGAGCUGUGAUGAUUUUUUUAGCAAAUUAUUUCUUAUUUGGGUGGCGUUUCGCGUAAUUUACUUAGUGGUAUAUUAGUCAUUAAGUUUCAAGAUUGGCUUUCACUUCAUAACAGUUGUAUAAGUAAUGGCGAUCGCUUACAUGUCUAACAUUGCCAUUUACAUAACACUCAUUCGCAGGUCGGUAAUAAAAUAAAUGUUAAAGCAGUUUUCCUGUCAGCUACUAGUGUUAAAGCUUACCUUAACACGUUUGGAUUUUAAUGGGGUAAUAUGCAGUUAUUAUAAUAAACUCACUUAAUUUGAAUAGAGUCAGCUUCAUAGUAGAUCUGUAACUCGUGUAAGUACUUAUGAAAUAAUCACUUGGGCCGGUCGCCCGCGAGGAGUUAUGGAACUGUCCGCAGUGCUCAGAAAACCAAAGAUAAAUCACAACGUUUAGAUUUAUUACCUAUUCGAGAUUAUUUACCAGCUGAAAUUUAAGCCCACAAUUACUCAAUGGUUCCAAAGCUCCUUAGUGUGUUGCAAUACAUUGUAUAAUUUAGGUGUAAAGUUGAUAGUAAAUUAUUUCCCCUCUAAGCUAUACUGAUUUUAUUAUAUUUUAUUUAUUGAUCAUAAACCUAAAUUAUCUUGUUUUUUCUUUCAUUUUAGGAGAUAAUACGCUUUUUUUACAUACCUCUAUACAUUAUUUUGUAAUCAUGAUCAAAUAUAUUUUUUGCAUUCAAAACUGGAGAUUUCUACAAAGAUACAUUCCAGGAGUAUAGGAUAUGUGUCUUUGUUUAUCUUUAAGUUAGUUGUUUUGUUAAAAAUAUAGAUAAAUAAGAGGCUAUCCUCGGUUUCCACUCGCCUGUUGCAUAGAUAGCUCAAACCGGAGGUCGACGCUGCUUCUACUUGGAUGGGCGAACCCCAAACCGGAAGGCUUGCCUUUGCACCAAGUGAUUUAGUUCGUAUUGACAUCUUUUGUAUGAUGUAUUUAAUAUAUAGGAAAUUCUCGAAGAGAGUGUUGUCUUGAUUUUUAUUUAUUACGAAAAUAAAAUUAUGAAUUUCAUUUGCUAGA